AGCUAAAGUGUACAAACACUUUGUUACAAUGUGGAUAAUAUAAAGAUAUUGUAUAGGCAUAUAUAAACAAUGUAUUUAACUUGGAAACCAAGGUUGGAUUAGUUGGUCUAAGCAACAUGCACCUGGAUAAUCGGGUCAUGAAUCUGGACGGGCUCCUACAUCCUCAUAUACACAUUAUGACAAAAUAAAGAGUUUAAUGUUUCACGAAAUAAAGACAUAGAAGCAUACCCAAUUAUACAGGUUCUACACAUUCCAUUUCUCCAUGGCAAUGUAAACAUUCUAUUUUGCGCCAAACAUCCCUACAACUCAAUUCUAAGUGCAGCAUAUUGGAGGACUCCAGCCAUUGAUCAUUCGCGACUUUAAGUCAUUCCUGUUAUCUCUAGAGCAUCUCGUAUAUCUAUAGCGCUGCAUUUCUUCCCCAUCUUACCAUGGAUAGGGUUUGGUGCAUUCCGGAGUUCACUUAUGGUCCCACAAAGGUAAUCUUGGGAUAAAUUCAUUUUAGCAUACUGUAAAUGCCUGUGCAUAAUGUGCAUAAGAAAGCAUCAUUAUUUUCAUUAUCUUCAAAGGAUUUCUGUAGAAGCAGCCUUUAUUUUCAGACUCUGCAGGCCUGCUGGGAGGAAACAUAUUACAAUAAACAGAAGAAGCUCAUGGUCCACUAUCUGCUGCUCCAGAGUCAAGGCCAGGUCUCUCCCCAUGUCACCACGGAGCACAUGAGCAACUGGCUGGUGUCUCAGGGCAAAAAAUCUCUUAGGGAGAGGGUGUGGAAGGAAACCCUGGAGGAAGGAAACGACCUCGCUCGGCUGGCCUGGGAAGUAAACACUUGCCUAAAAAUGAUGAACAUAGAGCACGAGGCUUUCUGCAAGCUCCGCCGCUCCAUGCACCCCACCUCCCCAGCUGACAUCGAUCCGAAGGUCCACAGCAUCGUGGAGAAAGCUGUGAGAAGCAUUCUGGGCGAGCAGUCCAAUGAGCCCCGUAGCAACCUGCUCAGCCCAUCUCAGGUGGUGGUGGAGGUGGUGCCCAGGCUCCUCCUGGCCCUGUGGCUUCAGCCAGAGGAAGGCCAUUCAGAGCACCCAAUCCUAAUAAGCGUGAUGUCCGUGGGCAUGGUGGCGGCCGUAGUGGAGAAGCUCUCCUGCAUGUUAAAGGACCCUUCCCCUCACAUCCCUUUCUCCCGGGCUGCUGCUUUUGACUCUGUGCGGUCGAUCCUCGGGAGAAUCAGUCAGUCCUUCUACACAGAUGACCUGCAGAGCCCUUUUUAUAUGAGCUCUGUCUGUGGCUUUGUCGCUGACAAGGUGCAGAGCUGCUUCCAGCCCCCUGCAGCCACCCUACCAGUCCCCCCUGUGCUCGCGGUGGCCGUUUCCACCACACUACCAGCUGACAUCACCACUAACACAGAGGCAGAUCCGGCUUCUUCCCACCUGGAGGUUCAAGACAUCACCCCUAAUACAGAGGCAGAUCCGGCUUCUUUCCACCUGAAUGUGGUGGACAUCACCCCUAAUACAGAGGCAGAUCCGGCUUCUUCCCACCUGAAUGUGGUGGACAUCACCCCUAAUACAGAGGCAGAGCCCAUCUCUUCCCUCUUGGAGGUUGUGGACGUCACACCUGAAGAAAGGACUCUCACGAUGGAUGCCUUCGCCACUCUGCCAGCUGACAUCCAAGCAGAGGAUGUUGCUGUGGUCAUCCCGGAUGUCACCCCACACGUCACCAAGGAUGUGACACUGGAUGUUCCAUGCAGAGCUAGAAAAGGGGCAGUCCGGCGAUUAUUUUGCAGACUUUGGAGGGCAGUGUGCUGCUGCGCCUGCCACAAGGAAGAGGACGAACAAUAUUAAUUAUUCAUUACACCUGCAGAAAAGGGAUUGAACCAUAGAGCAUUAAAUUAUUCACAUUAUAAUUGAACUCAAUUCUGCUUUUCUUCUGUUUACUACUUAAUUUCUUAACUUUUCUAUAAACUUUCACUUUGCAAGUGUGGAUUAGGUUGUGUAAAUAAGUGGGACACAUCCCAAUUUUGAUGCUUUGAAUAAUUUACUUUGUACAUUUAAAAAAAACAUGUCUUAUUUGACAACAAAAAACGGAGGGCGCUCAACCAACGUUGAGUUGAGGUGCAACCAAAUAUUUGCAAUCAUCGUAGAAAAGGAAAA